AUGGAGAAAUACGAAAAAAUUUGCAAAAUUGGCGAAGGGUCUUAUGGCCAUGUCUACAAAUGUCGCAAUCGAGAGAAUGGGCAGGUUGUCGCAAUUAAAAAAUUUGUCGAAAGCGAAGACGACCCACUUAUUAAGAAGAUUGCCUUUCGUGAAGUAAAAAUGCUGAGGCUAUUGAAACAUCCAAACCUAGUCAAUUUAUUGGAAGUCUUUCGUAGAAAAAGAAAAUUGCAUCUCGUCUUUGAAUACUGUGAAUAUACUGUUUUGAACGAAUUAGAUGCUCAUCCAAAAGGUGUGGACGAAUUAGUGGUCAAGAAAAUCAUAUGGCAAACCUUACAAGCUGUCAAUUUUUGUCACAAACACAACUGUAUUCAUCGUGAUGUUAAGCCUGAAAAUAUCUUAAUAACCAAGACUGGUGUCAUCAAAUUAUGCGAUUUUGGAUUUGCCCGUGUUUUAAAUCCAGGUGAUGAUUAUACUGAUUAUGUUGCUACAAGAUGGUAUCGUGCACCAGAGCUGUUAGUUGGCGAUACCCAAUAUGGUCCUCCAGUUGAUGUUUGGGCUAUUGGGUGUGUUUUUGCUGAAUUACUGACCGGUCAAGCGUUAUGGCCUGGUCGUUCUGAUGUAGAUCAACUGUAUCUUGUCCGUAGAACGUUAGGUGAUCUUAUACCGCGCCACAUGCAAAUAUUUAGUAAUAAUCAGUACUUUAAGGGCUUAUCCAUACCCGUACCAGAGACAACGGAGCCUUUAGAGCAAAAAUUUAUCAAACAUUCUAAUGUAGCCAUUAAUUUUAUGAGGGAUUGUCUACAAUUGGAUCCCGCAUCUCGGUCAUCGUGUCGACAGUUAUUAGAUCAUAGCUAUUUUGAUGGUUUUCGUGAAUGGUUUGAACCGGAGUUGCAGGUAGAUUGA